CUCGCUCGAACCCGCGGAGCCGCCAUCGCCUUCCCGUCGUCCCAGGCUGGAGGCCGGCGGCGUAGCGAGCGGCGGUAUGAGGUCUGUCAGCUACGUGCAGCGCGUGGCACUCGAGUUCUGUGGCAGCCUCUUUCCGCACGCCAUCUGCCUGGGGGACGCCGACAACGACACGCUGAACGAGCUAGUGGUAGGAGACACCAAUGGGAAACUCUAUGUGUACAAAAAUGAUGACAGCAAACCCUGGACAGUACGAUCCUGCCAAGGAAUGCUUACAUGUGUUGGUGUGGGAGAUGUAUGCAAUAAAGGAAAGAAUCUUGCAGUGGCAGUGAGUGCAGAAGGUUGGUUUCAUCUUUUUGAUCUGACUUCCCCUUCAAAGCACCCAGAUGCUUCAGGCCACCAUGAGCUAGCAGAAGAACAGAAGCUAGUGUUCAAGCAACAUAUUCCUGCCAACACCAAAGUCAUGCUAAUCAGUGACAUAGAUGGAGAUGGGAAGUGUGAGCUUGUGGUAGGUUACACUGAUAGAGUGGUGCGUGCCUUCCGCUGGGAGGACUUGUCGGAGAAUUCAGACCAUCUCUGUGGGCAGCUGAUCCUGCUGAAGAAAUGGUUGCUGGAAGGUCAGGUGGAUAGCCUUUCUGUGAACCCAGGCCCUGAUGGCUUACCAGAGAUGAUGGUGUCCCAGCCAGGCUGCGGUUAUGCCAUUCUGCUGUGCACCUGGGACUCCGAGCAGCAACCCAUGAUAGAGGGAAGAGACAGCUCUUCCCCUAGCAGAGAGGCCCCUGUUCGAGAUGUUAUUCUCCACCAAACAUCUGGUCGGAUUCACAACAAGAAUGUUUCUACUCAUCUGAUUGGUAGUAUUGGCCAAGGGUACUCCAGUGUGGGUAAUGGCUCGGGUCUCUUUGCCCUUUGUACACUUGAUGGGACACUGAAACUCAUGGAAGGGGCAGACAAGCUGCUCUGGUCUGUGCAGGUUGAUCACCAGCUAUUUGCGCUGGAAAAGCUGGAUGUUACUGGCAAUGGACAUGAGGAGGUAAUUGCCUGUGCAUGGGAUGGCCAGACAUAUAUCAUCGACCACAAUCGCACAGUUGCCAGAUUUCAAGCAGAUGAGAAUGUCAGUGCAUUCUGUGCAGGCCUAUAUGCAUGCAAACAAGGAAGCAACAGUCCCUGCCUGGUUUAUGUCAGCUUCAAUCAGAAGAUCUACAUCUACUGGGAUGUGCAGCUGGAGAGAAUGGAGUCCACCAACCUUUUAAAAAUCCUGGAGAAUGACCCAGAGUUUGACAGUCUACUGCAGGAGCUGGGUGUAGAAAAAAGUGAUGUUUCUGCAGUCCAAGAUCUGAUUUACAAAACACUGUAUUUUCCUGAGAAACAACAGCCUAACAGCUCUUUGCAGUGUCAGAAUCCUGGAACAGACUCCUCUGCCCACCACACUGUCAUCCAGAAUCCCUUACAAGAUUCAAGGUGAACAUCUGCCAUCCCAUUGGAAACUUUCUUCUGACUGGAACUGCGCAUUCACCCUGCAUGAUAGUAUUCUCAGCUUGUCUCUUCUCUCUCAGCUGAAUUUGGAUGGGAGUGAUAGACUCACCUGCUGUAUUACAUCUGUAUCUUCUCCCAUUUGUAUAAUGUUUUAUUGGGCAUGCGUGGAGCAGUCCCUUCACCAUUAUGGCAGCCUGAGAGGAUUGUGUAUGAGAUCAAAUAUUAUUAAUUUGGUGCUUUUUUAUCUUAUCAAAUGAUAACAUUUGAAGAUCUUGAAAGCUGCUUUUUGAAAGCUUUCUGUGCUAUGCUCUGCAAAAUAUCCAAGAGCUGUUCCUAACAGGGAGGAUGAAUUUUGUGUGGAGGAAAAGGAUAUCUUGCCAUUGGGUCAAAAAAUCUGUUGCUCUUGUGUGGGAGAACAGGACUUUUUACAUAAUAUUGCAGCUUGUUUUUUGUUUUGCAAUUUCCAUUUAUAAAUUAAUGAAAUAUAGAGGACAGCAUCAGUCCUCUGUAUCUUAUGGCUGUGAAAAUUGAAGCACAAAGCAAUAAAUUGAUACAACCUGCUUUGUCACAGUGAGCACUCCUGUUACUUCUCAGUAUUCUUGCAUCUCUGACUACUCUGUAACUACAGUGGAAGUUUUUCUCCAUUUUAAUGACCUCUCAGAAGUAUUUUUGCAUGCUCCCAUAUAAUACUAAGUGCUUGUGUAUAACCGGACUAAUGAGGCAGGAGCUCUGAAGUCGCAGUAGUGCUUUGGUACCAGUGUUGCUCAAACUAGUGGAAGUUUUGAGCAGCAGCGCUUGAAUUUGUUAUCUGUGGAGAAUUGACUGUGUAGGAACCACAUAUUAUGUAGAGGUGGGAUGAACAGGCUGGUUUCUUUGUACUCUGAGAUACAUUCCUAACCCUAUUGCUACUUGAUUUUAAUCUUCAGGAUUAGUGGACCUGACACAGGGACCACAGUGGAGCAGAGUUCUGCAACGCAGGUUGCUGAAAACAUGUAAUAAAACAACAGGCACGUGUGUCUUAGCAUGUGCUGUUCUAUCCCUAAAGCAAACUGCUGCUCUUCAUCUGUGAUGGGUUGUGUAUUUCCUCCUCAUACAUCCUUAAUUCUGUGGCCUCUGCCUCCUACACUGGGGACAUAAACAGGAUAAUUAUAAAUAACACCAAUGUCUGAGUUCUCACUCAUGGUUUGCACAACCUGGCAUGUGUACAGCUUUAUAGGUAAUGGACUCUUAUUGUAUGUGCUUGAUGAAAACGGAGCACUACCACAACUUGUGCCUACCGUGGCCUCACUUAACAUCUUGUUUGUCUUUAGUAAGGCAUGCUGUUUCCACAGAAGUACUCUUCUUGAUCCCAUGUUGGGAUCUCAGAUGUUCCUGCAACAAUUGCCUGGAACAUUUCAUUUGUCACUAGUUGAGCUAAUAUGUUAGCUGGGUCCUACAGGCUAUUACUGCGCUAUUGCAAUAAAACUUCCCAACCCAUAACAGCAAAAGAAGAUUGUCUAUGCUCAUUAACAGAGAACAACUCAGUACUGGCAGUUUAUGCCAAAUAGGUACCUUAGCAGCACAAGCACAAGGAGGGUACAAAUGGUUGUAUGACUGAAACUGAUUUAUGCAAAACAAAUUUUGCUAUACAGGUCAAAUGAACAGAUAGUUCAAAUUGAUCUACUGUUGAGAUAUUGAUUUUAUUUUAGUCAAAACAGGAAAGCAUUAAUGUAGAUGAAUGACAUUUUUCUAGGAACCGUCUUAAAAAGAAAAUAUGACAAAACACGUAAAUGUUGCAACUUGUGAAGCUUAGGGCUUUUCUCCUGUUGGAUAUCAUUGCUUUGUGCAGUGCAAGUUCAAGAAUGCUUCUUUGUGGAGAACAGAGGUCAGAAGGUAUGGACGCUGUGUAUCGUGGGUGUCCAACAUUUUUGCUUGCCUGGGCCACACUGCAUGAAUGGGAAUCAUCUUGUGCCACAUGUAAAAUAUGUAAUAAUGUAUAAAGUUUCAUAAUCAGACAUGAUAAAAUUUUUGAGCUGAAUAUUAGAUUGCAGCUGCGUACAAAAUUCACAGGUAGUGUAUUUAAAAUAGAUUGACUGAAAUGGAAUCCCAAAUACAAAAAUAAAAAAAGUUUGUUUUUCUUUAAUCUCAAAGCCUAUUCUCAAAUUCUUUUUUCAGAAAUGAAAGCAAGGCUGCAUAUUUCUCACUGCUCACAGGACUGUGUUUAAGCCAGCAUAUCAAAAUGCAUGAAAUUAUUUGAUGUAGCUUGAGCUUGCCAUAAUUUAAAUUUUAUUUCAAACACAGUCAUGUUGGAAACACAGCAGAUGAGAUCAUUUUCAUCUUGAAGCUGCAUGUUUAACUCAUUUAAGUGAGUGGCCAAAUCUGUCAAAAAUGCUAAAUCUGUAAGCCAUUUUUAAUCUUCACAUUCUGACACAAAUUUUCUUUCUGACUCCACAAAGGACUUAAUUUCAUUUCUCAAAUCAUAUAAUAUUUUUAGUGUUCUACCUUUACUUAGCCACCUGACUUCAGAAAAGUUAAUGGUGUCCCUAUAAUCAGCAUUCUUACUUUUAAGGAUUUCCUGGAAUUGACGAUGAUUCAAUCCCUUAUUAUGAAAUACAGAGCUUUGAUGAUGUUUUUGAAUUAUAUUAUCAAUUUUUAAAGCUUUCUCACAUACAUUUUCUUAAUGUUUGAUGCAACAGUAUUUCAUUGUGUGAUUUUUCUUGUGGCAACUGCAUUAUUUUCUCUUAAUUUUGUAAGUCCCUUUUUUUUUUUACCAGCCAUUGGUAGGGUGCUAUCAGUAGCUUUAACAAAUAUGUUGACAAAGGUUAAAGAAAAUUACUUGAAUGUAUUUUUUACUGUUUCAUACAAAUGGGGAGAUGUAGUUGUGUCUUUUAAAGACACCAAAUUUUCUUAUAUUCACUUGGCUGUAGUCUGGCAAGACAAACUAAUUUUAGAAAAACCUGCUUUGGACAUAUUAUGUGUGCCGUGCUUUCCAUGCAUUGCUUAAUAAACUCUUCAGUAAAUGGUUUUAA